AUUUGCCUUUGACCUAGCACCGUAGUCUUGUUUUGACAUGUUGUGGUAUCACACAGAAAAUACCAUUGCCUUUUAAUAGCUUUAUGAAUGAAAAAAAAGGCUUUUGAGCAUCAUCAAACCUCGACUGGUUUAGCUUUAUAGCGGAUUAAGGUGUUCUACUGGUCUAUUUUUGUAUUUCCUUUUUGACAGGAGGCUAACUCACUACCUUGGAUGGGACGGCUGCAGUAUGUCCUGAGGAUUUGACCUCGCAGGACAAUCACUGGGUGUACACGUCUAUCGUCUGUGCGUACUAAUCGUCAGAGUGGUAAAGAUAUUUAAGUGAGAAGCAUCUUAAACCCACACCGCAUAAACAGCCUCCUCUGGACCACUCUUUGCAUUAUGGUAUAGACCUCCCUGUUUCAAAUGACAGUAGCGCCAUCUUGUGGUGUGUUUCAGGGCUACAAGGAGCUUUUAUUUUUAUACCGGAAGUAUAACUGUGAGGUCGUCAUGGGAAGCAAAGUCAGCUCCAAAAUGGCAGCGCCGGCCGCUCGAGUUAUCCAGGCUAUUCGGCCUCACGCACCUCUGAUCAAGUUUCCAAACAGACAAGAUUUCCCAAGGCCCAAUGGUGAGUUUAAAGUUGAAGAAGUAUUGAAAAUGUUAUCCGUUAACACUUCUCCACACAACGCUCCAGCGCCGCCUCCGGUACAAAGACCUCAUGUACCUUUGACCCCGAUCUCUGGCAAGGCGGACACCCUGGCCUCCAUUCAGCUUCUCCCUGCGAGGUACCGCAGGAGACCCAUGACGAUGGAGGAAAUGGACUACAUCCAGCGUGGUGGACCAGAGUGACAUGAAGCAACCUAUUCACUGCAACCAAAGUCCUUAUUUGUUGGAGAUCGUUACGUGUCUUUAACUCUGUUUUUCAGCACCAGAUAACCUAUUGCCACACGAGACAUGAUGUAGAAUAAAGUAUUGAAUAAAGCCUGUUAUAAUGUACAUAUGUUUAUUUUAGAUGUAUUUGUAUUUAAGUUCAUAACUGAGGGAUAUCUUCAUUGUAUUACACACAGCUGAGCUUUAACAAUAGCAGGUUUCCUUAUUCACUAGGCACUGCACAUAUUCCCCACAGGCUUCUUGUUAAACCUUGGUUUUUACAUUAUACAGUAGCAGCUCAUCUCAAGAUUUUAGAUUCUCUUGAGCUUCACUUGCAAUACCACCACACCUUACUUGUAGCAUGAGGCUCUAGUACAUACAAGAAAAGUAUACGCUUAAUUUGCUUUUCUUUUCUUCCACUGCAAUACAUUGACCGAUCCGUUUGUUAGAGUACAUAAGGCUGAAGAUACUGGAUCAAGUUGCAAAAGUAAUGAGUGAAAUUGGUUUUCAGUUCAUGUGAACUACUGCUGGAUUUAAACUAUUAAAGGAAUAUUGUAUUUUA